GUUUUCGCUAUUAUUAAACAGUCGAACGAUAUUAUUCAUACAGACAACGUAGAAAGAUUCAGUGGAAAAGGAUUAAUCAUGAAAUAUUAUGCAAGGAAUACUUCUGUAGAUUCAGUGUGCGAUUCAAGUGAUAGUGAAAUGUCUUGUGACGAAGGUAUGCAGGAAAUAGCGGACAGCCUUUACCAAGCCCUGAAAGAAGAUAGGCUUGUUCAGGGUGUGUUCCCGUGUGCACGCAUCCUCGAACAGACCCCCGAGGUGGUUACCCUAUGUGCGAUACCUGAAGAGCAGUGCAAAAACAUCUCCGCCCAUAUCCAGCAAAAACUGAUUGAAGCAUUCUGCUGGGAGAAUGACAUCCGAGUUAUUAACGUUGAAGAAAGCACGCUUCAGAAUCUGGCCAAACAGAGCAAGUCAAAGAGUGACAGUAAAUCCGUUGACUUCUACUGUGUACUGGUGACCAGCUCAUCUGAUGAGCACAGCCAGAUUGAUGAACAGACAGAGACAACUGCGGACAACUUCGGUUGACUGUAAACGUGCUUCAUCUAAGUAAAUAAUGGGAAGCCAAUCCCAUUCCAUAAACACCAUACAAAACCAUGGACUACCCGAAGCUCGAUUACUCGGAUUCCAGACGUAUGCUAUAAAGAGGCACUGUCCAGUGGGCGUGGCGAGCAAAAAGCAUGGUACUUCGCACCGCGCGCCGUUCUAUCUAAGCCCCGCCCGAUGGGGCUAGGUGACGCAUGCAAGAGAACAUAAUAGUGUCAUUAUUCAUUCAUGGACUCAUCCGUUUUGGGAUGCAACGCCCUUUCAGACACUUUGUGAAACACUGCAGCCUGAACUGCCCAUAGUAGAUCCUAAGGUUGUGCAUUUAGUUUCAAAUGCGCUUAAGGAGAUCAAGAAUUUUGGUGACAUUUGGAACAUGAUAUGACCAAACUCAUAUACCAUCCAGUCAAGUGAUUAACCAUGUGCCUUUUGCAGUAAGGGUUACUGGUCAUAUGUGAACCGUGUAACCAUAUGACAGAUAACAAUAUGACUUAAAACAGUGAGCGGAUAAGCGGGAAGUCAUAUGAGUCACACUUAAACACACGUGGUUUUAAGUGAUGAAGUAAAGUACGGGACACUACCGACAACAAUCAUUACAGGGUAAUAAGAGAUUAAAGGCAUGUUACUACAUGCCGACAUGCUGAUAACAUGUGAUAUAGUUUUAAUAGAGGCAGCCAGUGAAGGUUACAAUUGUACUACACUGUAAAGAUAUCACACGAAUAAUUGGAUACAUUAUUUCAUCGUCUUUGUAAAAUUUAUUAUACAAAUUUUGUUUUUAUUUUCUUAUACUUUUCCUUUGAAGUAAUGACGUGCAUGUAAAUUCGUUGUCAUUUUAAUAUCACAAAUAAACAGAUAUUGUUGAUGCUGAUGUCAAAGACGGCGUAAAAAGAGCAUGUAAUUUGAUAUUUAAUUAUGUAUUUGCGUGCAAUUUACCGUCAUACUUAUUGAGAACUAUUCAAACUAUAUUGUUCACAUGUUUUGUUCAACUGCUAUGUUUAUUAAUAAAAGCUAUUGAAUACUUUA